UAUAAAUUAAUAAAUAAAUACCCAUCGUAAUAUUUUUUUAGGCUUUUAAAUUACACAGCAAUUCCCGAAUUUGGUUUGCAUGCCGGUUUUUACGCGUAUUACGAAUUUACCAUGAAUUUUAAUCCCAAACAUCCCUAACAUAGAUCCUGGUACGUUUAUUUUUUCGUUAAGCAGGAAAAUGACAACCAACGAAAAUCAAGAGUUACAACAAGAAGAAUUCGUAGCACUUUCUUCAAUAUUUGGUGAAGAAGCUUUUCAAUUAGACACUUUUUCCUCUGAACCAUAUCUUGCGUACACUUUUAAAUUAUCUUUAGAAAAUAAUGUUAUUCUUCCCGAAGAAAAAUCAAACAUAACAGAACAAGAUAGAAAUUUUAUUAAUAAAUCAUCCAGAGAAUUUACUCUAAGAUUUCAUUUUCCGCCUGAAUAUCCUUCUUCUGAACCUCCAAGUUACGAAAUAAAAAGUUUAUAUUGUGGUACAUUAAAAAUAGAUCAAAGUAUAAAAGAUGACAUUGAAAAAAAUUUUAAACGAUUAUUUAUUCCUGGUGAAGUUGUUAUAUUUUCUUGGAUUGAGUGGCUUCAAGAUUUUAUGAUAAAUAAGUUAAAAAUUUAUGAAAAUGAAGAUGCUACGUUAAAAAAUAUGAUACAGUCCGAGCAUCAGAUAAUUGAAAUAGUGCAUUUCGCAAAUGUUGCAAAUACUGAAGAACAAUUGAAUGAGGAGAAGAUUGAGUGUCCUCAAAUAACACAUGGAGAUCAAUUCGAACAUAAAAAAUCUAUAUUUGUUGCUCAUCUAGCUUCUGUAUAUAAUUUACAACAAGUUAAACUUGUAAGAUCUACUUUAUUAUUAGAUAAAAAAAUAGCCAAAGCUUCGCAUAAUAUAAUGGCUUACAGAAUUGUUCAAGAAAAUGGUAUAAUAUUACAGGAUAAUGAUGAUGAUGGUGAAACUGCAGCUGGAGGCAGAUUACUUCAUCUGUUGCAAUUAGUUGACGCAAAAAAUGUUAUUGUAAUAGUUUCAAGAUGGUUUGGCGGAAUUUUAUUAGGCCCAGAGAGAUUUAAAGAUAUUCAAAAUUGCGCCAGAGAUCUUUUAGAAAAAUGUGGUUAUAUUACAAAUAGUAAUGAACAAAAAUCUUCGGGAAGAAAUAAAAAGAAAAGACCUUAGUUAAGUAUUUAAG